AUGGCCUCGCUGGCCGCGGCCGAGCCCCCCUCCCCACGGGCGGCCUCCCGCUCCCCGGCCCUCGGCCCCUCUCGCAGCGGCAGUGAGAGGCGCUCGAACGCUGCGGACCCCGCUCAGGAUGCACAGUCGAGGUCAGUGGAUUUGAAUCACGUCAUCCUACUACUCGGAGAUUCGAGCUCAAAAGAUUUGGAAGAAGAGCAGCUGAAAACUCUGAAGAAGGUAGUCAAGCAUUUUGAAAAUGGAUUUCCCCUUAAGGAUAUUGCACAAAUUACUGAUGUUCUUAACCUGUGUGCAGACAAAAUGUAUGAACAAGAAGCUUUCACUGAGCCUUUAUGUGAACUUAUUAAACUCUUUGGGUUACCAUUUCAAAAAAGGAAAUCAUCUGAUGAAGCAAACUAUUCCAUUGAAGUUUCACAAUCCAUUACACAACUGGGUUACUUGAUGAGCAUACAAAGCUCUCAGGUUAGAAUACAAAUCUGUAAGAGUGUUGUUAAUUUUUUUAAUACGGAGCUACCAGGAAAACUACUUUCAGGUUACCAGCCAACAAGUCCAAACUAUAAAAUCCGGAUGGCUGAAAUAGGAGGAUUAGCAGAAAUUCUUGUUUUGUCACUAACAUUAGUUGAAAAUCAACUUACUGAGAAGUUGUGGGUACUUAAAGCUCUCCAGCAUCUUUCCAUCUCUGGAGAAAGUUGUGAACAAAUGGUGAACGUCCAAGGAGCCAGGAGGCUUUGUUUGUGUCUGAAUGGUGCUGAUCCCUCGGGACAGCUGCUGUUCCGUUCCUCAGAUAUCCUAUGGAACCUGCUAGAAAAAGUCUCAAAAGAAGAAGUUGUUAAUCAACUCAGAAGCUUGGAAUGUGUACAUGCUUUGAAAGAAGCAUUUGUAGAGCUCGUGUGUGGCUUCCGGCACUGCGAUCACCAGCUGCGGAAUGACCUCUUGGUGAUUGCCACCUUACUAGCUGAAAGCCCUGCAGUACCUCUGAUUGAAAGUGGAUUUGCAAAGAUCUUAAUAGUACUUGCAACAUGUACUGAAGUUAAACUUCCCAAUCCUUUGGUAAAAGGUUUUAAACUUACCUACUCCUACGAGGAUUUUGAGAUGAAGAAGUUACUAUUUAAUAUAAUAGGAAUCUUAUCUAAAGACCCAUCUUCUGCACAGCUCUUCAGUGAAAAUCAUGUGAUCCCAGCUUUGCUUUAUUAUGUAAAACAAAAUCAAAGGUCUGCAUUUCCUGACUGGUCUGCUGCCCAAUAUGAAGAAUUACAGCUUCAUGCACUUGCUGUUUUAGCUUCAGUGGCUCCUGUGUUAGUAGACAAAUAUUUGUCCUGCCAAGCGAAUACUCUUCUCCUUGUGUUUCUAGAAUGGUGUAUAAGCCAAGAUCCUUUCUUUGGUCGAGGUAACAGUUUCCAUGGAACAGGCGGUCGUGGCACCAAACUCGCGCAAAUGCGCUACAGCCUCCGAGUUCUGAGAUCUGUUGUGGCCCUUUAUAAUGACGUUGUGAACAGUAACUUGUGUGACCAGGGAGCAAUUAGCCAGCUACUGGACAUCCUAAAGUAUGCAGCGGACAUAUCUAAAGAAAAAGAAAGUAUUGCUCUACUGGAAAUCCAAGCUGACAUAUUAUUUAUUUUGUCUGUUCUCUGUGAAGAUGAUAACGAUAGAAAGGAACUAUUCAGCUGUGAAGGAAUUGAUAUUCUCGUCUCAUACUUAAAGAUGGAUCCAACGAGGUUAUGUAGUGGAAUAGGCCACAAUUGUCUCCUCCUCAGUGCACUGGACUGCUUGUGGUCCUGUGUCAUUGGAUGUUUCAUUGCAGAGGAAUCUUUUAUUGAAAAGCAGGGUGUUUUUCUCCUUCUGGAUUUGUUGGCAGUAAGGGACAACAACCUGUGCAAUAUAAUUCUUGGAAUCUUGGUUGAAUUUUCUGACAACCCUAAAACCGUUUUGCACAUGAGUAUCUGGCGAGGGAAGAGAGAUCGAACAGCAGCAAACGUUCUAGUACAGUUAUGGAGACAGGAGGAGCAGGAUUUGGGAGUCAAACGUGAUCAAAAUGGAAAGAUUGUUGACCCCAAGAGACCUGUUAUUACCAGCUUCCAGAGACAGCAAAAGGUCAUUCCAGUGCCUGCCUGCUGUCCCAGUUUUUCCGUCAUGGAAAUUUCAGAGAGCAUACGGGCAAAAAUUUAUUCAUUAUUUUGGAAGCUAGGUUUUGAAAAUUUACCUGGCUUAUCUGCUAAGGACGUUGUUACACUUGCUAUUAUACAACAUUAUAUUGACUUUAAAGUUGGAGAGGUUUGGAGUGAAAUAUCUGCAGAAAUAAAAGAAGAAUUCAGGCCUGUCACAUCAGAUGAGAGAGCCUUGAAACUUAUUUCAGAGGUGUCAGAAAAUACUGGAAGAAUGGUUCUUGGUCUGCAGAAUGAAGCGCUUGAAAGACAACACAACCAGGAAAUCAAGGAAGAGAAAAAAAUUUACAAGGAGAUCCAAGCUACCCAAGUACAGAAAGAAAUGAUAGAUAAAUCUUGGCAAAAUUUCUUGGCUCGGACAUCGAACUAUGAGGCAUUGAAGAAAGCAAAAAUGCAUCAGAAAACAUUAAUAGAGGCUUCCAGAUCUAAGGCAAAGCUUCACAAUGGACCAGAACAUUCUACUGAUAUUCCAAAACUCCAUACAACAGUUGCACCUGGUCGCUGUGUAACUGUGGAAGGGCUUUGUCAGGAAGGGCUGCGGGCUGAUACAGACCCUGCUCGUAGAAAGUCCACUGUUGGUAGAGCCAUCAGAAACAAUCAAAAGAGAUAAAACAUUGGACUCAGUCAAGAAAAAAUCAGUACCUGUAGAAUAGAUGCUGUUCCAAAGAGUGGUAUAUUAAUAUGUAGUUACCUAUGUGUAGAUACAAGAUAAAAUCUGUUUUUAAUGACUUGAAAAAUAGUUUAGAACAUCAAAAGAGUAAAAUUAUAUUUUCUCUUAAUUAUAUAAUAUAGAGAUGUUUUAUUAAUGAAG